CUUCCUGACUAAAUCCAUAAGACCAGAGCAGCCUAAUAUCGUCAGAGAUGGCGAGUCCACGAGGUAUUAUUGGGCAUUCACAUACUGACAGCGCAGGGUGGAAGGAUCAACCAGCUUACUGCGCCAUGAUGGGCUCCCCAAAUCAAGCAGAACUAGAUGCAUCUUUCCCAGAAAGCAUCGAGCGCCUUGUGACCAACUUCCACAUCCUAGACCUUCCAAAUAUGGAAGCUGUUCGCUCGCGAGUUGAUAAGUACGUUACAGAACCGAAGACGGCAGAGAGGCUGAAGCCAUGGUACCCAUUCUGGUGCAAAGGACCAACAUUCAGCGACAUCCGCGCUACUGGUGCCCGCUAGGGCUCUGGUGCCUUUUGGUGAUUCAGGCACCUUUACU